AAUGUUAGAAAAACGUUAGAACUUGGAAAACAUUAGAACUUUGUGGUGUCUACCUAUCAAUUUUGGUAAUCAGUUCUUAAAAAAAAAAAAUGUUUAACACGCCUUUAAAAUACAAUUAUUUGAUUCGCUCUAUUCAUAAAUCAAAUACAUUUAAACAGCUAUCGAAAAAUAUUCAAUCUUUAUCAACUGAUAUUCACGAUUAUCCUGACAUUAAUGUGUCUAAGCACCAGCAUAUUACACUAAUUGCUUUGAACAGACCAGAUGACAAAAACAAAUUAAAUACGUCUACAAUAGAUAGUUUACAAAAAGCUGUAAGAGACUUUGAAAACAAUGACUCGUCUACCGUUGCCGUAUUGUAUGGCGAAGGGGGUUCUUUCUGUGCUGGAUACGAACCUGAUGAAUCAAUUGAAUCGUAUCAAAAAUAUAACGAAUUUAUUAAGUCAUAUUGUCAAAAACCAAUUAUAGCCGCUAUUUCUGGAUUUGCGUAUAAUGUGGGUUUUGACUUAAGUCUAUGGUGUGACUUACGUAUUGUCGAAGAAAAUGCCGUUAUGGCAGUAGACAGAAAAUCAGAUGCCCUCAUGUCGGAGGCAUUUUUUAAAAGACUAUCGGUCUCAAUUGGUUAUUCAAGAGCCAUUGAUUUAAUAUUAACUGGAAGAGAUAUUUGUUCUAAAGAGGCGUUUGAAUGCGGUUUAGCUAACCGUGUUGUUGCUUGUGGAUCCAGUGUUGGACAAGCAGUAAACAUGGCUUAUAACAUUGGGAAAUUUUCCAUAGAAAGCAUUAAUAGAGAUAGAAAAAUGUUACAAAAAUGUUUAGAUGAUUGAACAUAUAAUUGUUAAUGAAGUACUAAAUCUUUGUGCAAUAGUUAUGUGUAAUUAAUAUUUAAAAAAACAAAGGAACGUAAAUAAUCGCUAAUGCCAUUACAGAAUAAAGUAUAAAAAAUUUGAUGUU